AUGUCCCUUCAUACAUCUAAUCUCUUCUCUGUCCAAGGCAUCAUCGCCGUCAUUACAGGCGGUGGAACAGGCCUAGGACGGACCAUUGCCCUUGCUCUAGAUGCCAACAACGCCGCCAAAGUUUUUAUCCUCGGGCGUCGUGAGCAACCACUCCAUGAAACAGCCGCCCAAGCGACGAACCAUUCCAUCAUUCCCAUUGUCACAGACAUCACCUCGCAAGAAUCUCUAGAAAAUGCAUACCGCACCGUAGCGGCCCAGACUUCGCACAUCGACCUUCUAUUUGCGAAUAGCGGCACCAACGGUCCAUCGGCCCUUUUACCGCCAAAACCAGACGGGUCCCCUCCAACCCUGACUGAAUUUCGUGACCAUCACUGGGGUCAUCGAAUGAUCGACUUCUCCGAGACUCUGGACGUCAACGUUACCGGCACACACUACACCAUUUUGGCUUUUCUGCCGCUGCUAGGCGAGGCAAACAAACGCCGCCCACAACAAGAUUCGAAUGAGCUUGCGCUACCGCAUCCGCAAGUGAUUGUGACCAGUUCCAUGUCGGCAAUAGUAAAUCGUCCAUCGAGUCUAGCAUAUUCAUUCUCGAAGGCCGCUCUCCUGCAUUUAGUGAAGGUGUUUGCGGCCCAGCUCGCGCCAUACCGGAUCCGUGUCAAUGGUGUGGCCCCAGGCUUGUUCUAUAGUGACCUCUCGAAACAUCUAUUUGAGAGAAAUGGAGUGUCGGGGCGUGGAAUCUCAGACGAGUCUUUUACGUCUGAUUUCAUUCCUAUCACUCGGGCAGGCAGCGAUGAGGAUAUUGCCGGUACGAUACUGUGGAUGACGAGUCGGUCAGGGGGAUACCUGAAUGGGGAGACAAUCUUGCUUGAUGGAGGCCGAGCGGCGGUUGUCAGAUAG